AUGCAUAUCAUUGGCCUGGAAGAUGUUAGAAAACAAAAAGAUGCUAUACUGGAAGAAGAUACGACUAGCGACAUUACUGAUGUCGACGAACAGUCAACAACACUACCCACAAGCUCGCAAGAGGCAAAUAUAGAGCCGGUGGUUACCAAAUCCAAUCUGUUGAUGACACUUUUAAACGGGCAUCAAAAAGCGGCAAAGUUUACGGAAUAUACUUCAGCUUGCAAGUCUCCUGAUGUGGACAGCGGAUCUGCACCACAGUCAGUGACUUGUGGACCUACGGCAUCAUCAAAUAGGCCAAUUCUGCUAAUGUCAAUUCUAAAUGGAAACAGGCAAAGGGAGGCACCAGAACAAAAUAACAACACUAACAACACUAAUAGCAGCAUGAUAAAUGAUAGCAUAAUGCCAGAAAUACCCCCCGUGACCUUGCAGAAUGAUAUCAGUGAAAGCUCUUCCAACCAGUCCAGUAUGUUGUUGUCUGUGCUCAACGGAAAUAAAAAGAUUACUAAACCAUCAGAAAAGAUCCAAAAAGAUAUUCCUAAUGAUGCACAAAGCACGAAAUCACUAGAGGAAAAAGUCUACUCUAUGGUAAAGUCAACAACAGUAAAAGACCUAUUUUCGGCGUACAAGAGGGGGUUCGAUGGUAACGUGGUUAUAAAAUUACCACCAGCACAAUUAUUGAAGAUACUGCGCUCAUCUGCUGCAAAUGAGCGUAAUAAAAGUACAAAUGCAGUUGCUUCAGAACCAAGCAAAGAGCUAGAAUCCAAGAUGUUCCUAAACGCCAAGCUGACCACUGCUCGUGAUAUUUUCAGUAAUUUCAAGCCCAGAACUGAUAUUACAAAUAGUACAAGCCCCAAGUCUUGCAUGGUUACUUUGAAAUUAGAUCCCAAAAGAUUGGCCAAGGUGAGCUAUUUUGUAACAAAAGGAAACAAUAGCAGUGGGAAGUCGUGCAGGAGCUUGUUUAGCGAAAUGAUGUCGGCGAGUCGAAACGUAAAGUUGACGCCGCUCCAAAAAGCUAAAGAAUUGAGUCUCCCACUAAUAGAGAAAGCCGAAUUCCAUGUUUUUGGCGGAUCAUUGGGCAAUAUAAGGCCCAGGACAAAGCAAAUAGUUCAUUUGGAACCUCACAGCGGUCUUGUGCCUAGCUCGCAAAUACAGCCGCAAAUAGAUCCAUACACAUAUGAAAUGAAAGAAGUUGACAAAAGGGAAUAUGCAUUGCAUAAAUUGCCAAAGCUUCAACAAACUGCCCCACUUAAUGCCAUUUUCAAGCUUCUUGACCACGACACAGAAAAGGAUCUAUGGGUCGAUAAAUUCCAACCGAAGCAUAUGCAAGAUCUUCUAAUGCAUAAACAAAAUAUUGAGCGUAUAACAAAAUGGAUAAACGCUUCAUUUGAAAAAUUAAAGGUACAGGCACCGGUGAAAAAUUUGAACAAAAAGUUGAAAAAAAGGCGACUAGACUCAUUCAUUGUCGAAGAUGAGACAGAUGAAGAAUUUUGUCUGCCCUUUCUUAUUUUGCAAGGGUCUAGUGGGUCGGGGAAAUCAACCGCUGUUUACACAGCCAUGAAAGAGUUGGAUGGGUAUGUCCAUGAAAUCAAUAGCGGCAUGGCAAGGGGUCGGAAAGAUAUCUACAACAGCUUGAAGGAGUUAUCAACUACUCAACUUGUGCAUGAUACAAAAGACUUUAAAAAGGGGUUAAUCUUUUUUGAGGACGUUAACAUUCUUUUUGAACAAGACAAGACUUUUUGGCUGGUUGUUCAAGACAUCAUAAACGUUUCCAAGCGACCAAUUAUCAUUACAUGUGAAGAGUUGUGGAACAUACCGAAAAAUGUCAUUGAUUUUGCUCAGGAAGAUGAAUCGAUUAUUUUCAUUGAUGAUUGCAUAGUAUCGCGGAAGCUUGUAGUUGAUUAUUUGUGGAUGUGUUGUUUGGCGGAAGGCUUUGACGUAGAGAAUACGAUUCUAGAGCAAAUUGUCGACGACAUGUGGAAUGGUCACAACUAUGAUUUACGGGGAUGUUUAAUGAGUUGCGAAAUAUUGUGCAAGAAAAGUCUGGACCAGUUGGUGGUGAUUAGAAGGAGAGGGCAAGACGGUUCUCGUAUAGUAAGUGACUUGCAAGAGAAAGCACAACAUUGUGAGUUGAGCUCGUGUGGAGAUGUUAUUGAAAAUUGCACCCAAUCGCAAAUCCCACAGACAAGCGGCGAUAACGAAUUGUUUGACAUCUACUGCGUGGAUGACUCCUCAAGCGGAUGCUUGCCGUAUGAACUAAAUAUAGGGGAUGAGCUCCAGCUGCUAUCCCAGACUGACCAAACGCUACCAGCGGCAAAGUUCACAUUUAAUGACUUGCAAUUCGAGUGUCAGAAUUUCGUCGGUUCAAGAAGCAAGAAGCUUCCCACGUACUACUACCAGGACUUUGAAAAGCGUGCAACUCGCUCCAAUAGUGACUUUGCCCAGCCCACGACAGGAAUACCAGAAACGUCAUUUAUUUACAAUAUUUCACCAACACCGUUCAUUCUCGAUUUACUACCUUUCACAAGAGUAUGGCAAGCAUUUCAGACCCAACUAGAUAUAUUCGAAACCAAAACUUUGAAAGAGGAGAAACCUAGUUUGAAGAAGUUUCUACAGUACCGCGACUUCCAACACACAUCAACACUAGAUGCAACACUAAAAUUAGAGUAA